GCAGAAGAGACAUCUUUCUACUCGAAGCAGGCUUCGCAAGGUCGGCGCAACUCGUGGCAUCACUAUCAGAGAUAUUUGACGUCUCUUUCGGAAAGAAUGGACCAAGAAGAUCCAACGUACGAUAACCAGGGAGGUGCGGGCGCAAUACCGGAUCCUCCCAACGAACCGGACUGGAGAGAGGGCGGAGCGUACGCUAUACCGGAUUCCUCCAACGAACCGUUGGCCGAUCCCACGCACUGGAUAGAGGGCGGAGCGUACGCCAUAGAGGAGUGGUCCAACAAACCUUUGGACGAUCCAACGUACAGGAGAGAGGGCGCCAUACCGAAGCGUUCAAACCUUCUGCAACCGUUGGAAAAAGACUCCCACCAACCCCAAGUGGCCUUAAACCGGGCCCCGGUUCUACCCGGGCUGGCUGGCGGCCGACGGCACUCCGGACCUCCGCCGAAACCUGGUUCAAUUGAGGCUGCUUGCCGCGAUUGCUUCGUAAGAAGUGUCUUACCCGCCGCCAAAGCGAUCGACAUCCAAAUUGAGCAGCUUCUCAAAGCUGGCAAGACCGACGCGAGCAAAGCAGCUCCUGAAAACAUCUAUGGGCUGGACAGUCACCUCGCGAGGGGUAUCAGAAAGAACGCCCGAGGUCUGCUCAAAAACAAAAGUGUGGAACAAGUCACCUCUUUGUUCGCUGAAAAUUUGCGUGACUCAGCAAGUUUUCAGAUGCAUUUGAAAGCGUUUGUAAAGUCUCUAGUCGUGGCUGAGCUGAGGAAGAAAGAGGCCUUCGAGUCGGAAAAAGAACAACUCCUUCAACUAGUCCGGAGAAAACACUUCGUGGAAGCUUUCGAGAAGGCCCUGUUGAGCGUUGACCACCGAUUGCUCGAUGCUGUGUGCUUGGCGGCAACCGAUCUGGAUUUUAUGAAUAUACAGCCCAACCCAUUGCCCCCAUCACUUAUGGUGGCCAUCGUCCCACCCCUGUCUAAGGGCAUCAAAAAGCUCAAGGAUCGCCAACUGGAAUUUUUGUUGUACCUAGUGUACACGUUGGACCAAACGAUUCUGGACAAGGAAGAGAGACAGCGCAUAGCGGAGGAGCUGAAAGAGACGAGAAUCAUCUUUUCUGACUUCAGGGAAAAACCACCCGAAGAAGUUGAUGUUACAAUGUUGUCACAGAUCAUUGAUAAGAUGGACGCGUUCAUUGGCUGA